AUGCUAUCGAACUGGGCAAGACAAUACAGAGCUGUACAAAAGCGCUCAUUGGGGUAUCAACCUUGGGACUCGCUCAACUUCUACCUAGUUCCGUCACCUCCUCGUUGCAUUGUCAAUGCUCAGCGUCCGCAUAAUGUAUUGCAUGGCCUGCUCUGCUUGAGAAUGCAUCAUUGGAUUCUGGCCGCCGAUCGCAUUGCGGUACAGGUCACCCCAAUACCUGGCCCGGCGAAGUUCGUCGGCUCGAGUAUUGCUACUCUCUCCCCGCUGUUGUUCGCGCAAGGCUCUGACUUCGUCUGCUCUAUCUUGGCGAGAGCGGCUUUGGUCUUCUUUGGCUAG